AUGUCUCGUCCAUUUUCUCCCAGCAUAUCUGGUAUAGCCUAUCGUGCCUCUGAGGCGUCCUCGCUGACUGCUGCGCCGAUAGGAAUUGCCCUGCACGUCGAAAGCGGCGGCGAGCACACCUCUGAGGUAUUAACCUACCACAAAUCGGGAACUCGUGAGAUCACUGUCGGGCGCAUGUCCCGGCAGGGCCAGCGCAGGAGCGCAUCGUGCUCGGAUCGCGCCCUCUUUCGUUGCCCCGUCGUCAGUCGCACUCAUGCAAAGAUCACUCUCACGGAGUUUGGCAAUGCAUAUCUUGUCGACCUCAAUUCUCACCAUGGUACCCACAUCUUACGCCCUGGUGACACUGUCUCCAAGCCCGUUACACCCACCGUGCCCACCGUCCUUGCGGAUGGCGACAUCAUCACUUUCGGCAAGACGGUUGGCCACGAUGACAGCAUCGUCAGACCUAUAACAGUUCGCGUAAGGCUCCUGUUUGGCGGCGACAGCGCUCAGGCUACGACCCCUGUUCAAGACUCGCCUUCGAAUCCCACGCCCAUGGACAGCACCACGCCUUCGCCUACUGCGCGUUAUGGCUCGAACGGACGUUAUCGAUUCCCUGGUGAUUCGUCGUCCUCGUCUUCCGAUGAUGAUUCAGACAUCGAGGAAAUACAUCCUCCGCCCCUGCCUUCGAUAGUCUUACCCGCUUCAAGUCCAUCGGGACACCCAUUCAUAAGGAGCGAUGCAGAGCGACGGCUCCAGAUACUAAGAAGUUUCCUUCCGCCCAUACACGCGUGUAUCGGUCCUCCUAGCCCGCUGUUCAGCGCGCAGGCAUUGUACGACUCGAUCACUGAACCACUGCCCGAAAUUAUUGCUGAAGUGGAGGUCAAUCCGCCAUUCCGUCUGCUCUCACCAUAUCCUCCUGGCGGCGAACUAUAUGCGCCAGAGCCGAGUGUCAUCGGAGCUUGGCCUUCGCCUUCGCCCGAAGCCGAGCCUCGGUCUCCUUCUCCCCUUUUCGACGACAACUUCCCUACCGAGGGUUCGAUUUCUCCUAGUGACCAUCCCAGCGUGUAUCAUAGUGUGACGAGUGGCGAUGAGAAAUGCCUCAGCCCGGCCCCCGCCGAGAUUGAGCACGAGGCGCAAAGUUCGGAUAUGGACGUCGAGAUUGUGACUGACAAACAUAAGGAGCAGGAGAAAGAAUGCCACAAUGUGAUAGAUACGGAAGAAUCGCGCCCUGUUGUUUCUCGACAGGAACCUGUCCUUCAGUACCUGACAGCGUCGGACGAGCAAGUGAGCAGGAACAUGGAGCCUCCCCAUCAACAUUCUACCAUCUCCGUUGACCUAAUAGCGUUGGAGGAACGAGUAGACAGAAACACGGAUGCCAUUGCUGAGCUGCGCUUCCACCGCUACCGAGACGAAAUGAGGGUCGAUGAGCAUGUCCAGGAGAUCAGGGACCGCAUGAGCGGGCUCGACGAGCACAUGCAGGAUGUCAGUGUCGGGGUCGCAAGUGAAGCGUCGGCACGAGAUAGUGCGAUGGCGAAUGCGUUGUCGCGCUUAGACAUUGUACAGGUGCAGAUCGCCAAGCUGGAAGAGUUCACUCUUGCCAGGAAUGCGGAGCGGGACAGUGCAGCCACAGACCUCUUGAGCGGUAUCAAGGAAGCGUGGGAGCAGGAGGUGAAAGCGAUCCGCGAGGAUGCACAGCAGCAGAUCGCGCGUGAGUUGGAGCACAUGAGGCUUGCGCGCACCUGGGUGGAGGAGACUGCCGCGCAGGUGAAGACACUCUUGCCUCCACAGCCGGCCGUGAAUUCACUCAAGCGCAAACGUUCAACUGAGGCGGACGAGGCGGAGGUUGCCGGGGCGGAGGAGUCGGCACUCGUCGUGGUGCCUUCGCCUCAUGUCACGAAGCGCCGGCGCACGAUGCGUGUUGUGAGCACGAUUGCGCAGACCGCUACGGCGGCGGCGGUUGGCGCGGUCGCUGCGUGGACUGCGCUCGCGUACUAUUGA